AUGAGGAAAUUAUUAAAGUUAGGUAUGGUUUACUGUGCAGGUUCAGGAACCUGGUCUUUUUACAAUAACUUUUUGUGCAGGACUCCUCCAAACCCGAUGAUUCAUGAGCAAAAGCAUAAAAAGAUAGUGGUAGUUGGAGCUGGAAUUGUAGGGCUAAGUACAGCUUACUAUUUGAGCUAGCAUCCAGAAAAUGAGGUCAUUCUUAUCGAUAAAAGUGAGAGAUGCGCUUAAGAGUGCUCCACUCAAAAUGGAUGUCUAGUAAUGAGAUAUAAUUCAGUUCCAUGGACUUACAAGCCAUUAAUGGGAGUAUUGCGAGGAAUUUGGAGAUCUGAUACUUCACAAGCAAUUUAUCUUACGAAAGCUAUGCAAGAGCCAGGCAUGGUAAAAUUCUUUUGGUAUUGGCUUUGGUAAAAUAGAGAUGUCCUUUCUACCAAUAUGAUGAAACUCAAUGAUCUACAGGAAAUUUUACUUGAUAAACUGUUAGUUGAUGCUAAUAUUGAUCCAAAAUCAAUUAACUAUGAAAAAGACUCAGUCUUUUACCAUCUUGGAAAACUUUAAGGCAUAGAUUUACCUAAAGCAUUUGAAAAGUUGGCAAAAGCUCUCCCUCCAGUACCAGAUGGAGCUAUUUAAGAUGUUAUUUUUGGGAAUUAAGAAAUGUCUGAAAGGGUAUUCAACAAAUUCCCUAAAUUUGAAGGACUAAAGAAAUAUCAUUACGCUGUUAUUAAUCCUUAUUACACACUUAAUACUCAAAUAUUCUGCCAAAAAUUAGACUCAUUUUUAAAGGAAAACAGACCUAAUGUGAAAGUCUUGUAUUAACACGAGCUUGAAUACUUUAUCUUUGAUGAUGCUGAAAAACAUCUUGUUAGAGGAGUGAAAGUGAGAGGGAAAAAAGAAGUAAUAAACUGUGAUGCAGUUGUGCUUUGUGCAGGAUCAUUUAUUGCUAGACUACUCAGAGAGAAUUUUAGAUUAAUUUGUCCAGUUAUUCCAGUAAAAGGUUACACAAUGGAUAUUCCUACUGAUCUACCAAACUAGAAGACUCAUUUGGGAUUUAGAGAUAUUGCCUUCGUAGCUACGUAUCUUGAACCAGGAUAUUUGAGAAUAGCAGCUUUUGGAGAUUUAUCUGGUUAAGACAAAUCAUUUGAUCCCCGCAGAGUAAGAUUCCUUAAGAAUACCUUAAUCGAGAGAUUAGAUAAAAAGGAAGUCCAUCAAUAUAAGAAUCUCAACACUUGCUUAAGACCAGUGCCCCCUGAUGAUGCCCCUUUGAUUGGAGGACUUAGAUUUUACCCAAAUGUAUUUCUAAAUGCUGGGCAUGCAGGCAGAGGAACAACAAUUGGUUUAGCAACUAGUAAGCUCUUAUCUGAAGAGAUAAUGCAAGGAAAAGCGACUUCCCUUCCUGAUACUAAGCCAUUCUCACCUAGUAGAUUCUUCCUAUGA